AUGGCGCCCCGAGUUCACUGCGUGCGGCAUGCACAAGGCGAACACAACAAGGGAGGCGAUGCCUACUUGAUCCCCGACCCACGACUAACAGAAGCAGGAAUAAAAGAGUGUCAAGAUCUUGAGGCUCGGUUUCCUUAUCAAUCUUCUAUCGACCUUAUAGUGUCUUCUCCACUUAGAAGAACACUCCAAACGGCACUGUACUCCUUUCAGCCAGCAAUCAAGCGCGGUGUUAGAGUUGUCGCUGUGGCCGAACUUCAGGAGACUAGCGAUGUAGCUUGCGACACUGGCAGUGACGUUGCUGAUCUAAAGCGAGAAUUUGCUGAACGUCGGCUUGUGCCCAUGCCUUCUUCUUUGGAUCUUAGUCAGGUUCCGGAGAAUUGGAACAAAAAAACUGGGAAAUGGGCACCUUCAUCUGAUGCCCUGAUAAGCCGAGCUCGCGCUGCACGCCAAUGGCUGAUGCAAAGACCUGAGAAGGAAGUAGUCGUCGUUUGUCAUGGCGGAUUCCUUCACUACUUUACUCAAGACUGGAGUGGAAUCAAGGCUGAGGAACAUGCGAGUGCGUGGGAAAACUGUGAUUUUCGAACAUAUCGGUUCGUCGAUAGUUCAGACGAUGACGCGACAAUGCUCGAAACAGACGAAUCGCGACAAGCCAGGGGUGUUGCAGAGCAAAAGAUACCAUCCAAAGAAGAGCAGCAAAAUCUGUAUCUGCAAACAAUGCAAACAUGGGAAGAUCGAGGAUUUCAGAAUCCGCUGAAGCUGAAUGAACAAUUUUUGUGA